GGAUCGGAGGUAUUAGUUUGGCUCAAUACGGCGACGUUUGAUUCUUUCUUUCAUCUCAGCAAUAACUCAAUAGGCGCUUUGUUAUUUUUGUUGAAGACGGAAAUUAGAAAUUGGGCAAAAUCAGAUUGAACUGUAAUAUCCAGGUUAUUGUGUUGGUUCUUCCAAUAAUUUAUCAGAAGUACUACUAUGAGCGACAGUAUUGAAAAUGAAUCUGCACUUGAUAAUGAGAAACAUGUUGCUGCAAGCACCACAGUACGGAAAAAGAUUGUGUACAUCUGGGAUAUGGACGAGACUCUCAUAUUGCUGAAAUCGUUGUUGGAUGGUACUUACGCAGUUGCAUUCAGUGGUGUGAAGAAUGUACAGAGGGGAAUUGAUAUAGGAAAGAUGUGGGAGAAAUAUAUUCUUGACGUUUGCGAUGAUUAUUUCUUCUAUGAACAAAUAGAACAAUACAAUGAGCCAGUUAUUGAUGCUUUGAGCUCAUACGAUGACGGGGUUGAUCUUUCUGAUUAUGAUUUUAGCCAAGACAGCAUUGGUUCUCCAAAAGAUGACAUUAACAAAAGAAAACUUGCAUAUCGUCAUAGGAUCAUAGCCCAAAAGUAUAAACAGGGGUUGCAUUCUAUACUUGACCAGAAGAAAAUUGAAUUAUUGAAUGAUCUAUAUGAGAUGACUGAUACUUACACUGAUGGAUGGCUUUCCUCUGCACGGACAUUGCUGCAGCGUUGUUCGGGUGAUAGGCAAUUGACAUCUGUUGAUCAAUCGGAGUUUGAAUGCAUUAAUAUCUUAGUGACUGCUGGAUCGCUGGUACCGAGCCUAGUCAAAUGUUUACUCUUUAGAUUGGACAGCUUGAUAACGUGUGAAAAUAUAUAUAGUGCAUGGGAUGUAGGGAAACUUCGUUGUUUCUCGUGGAUCAAGGAACGUUAUGGUGGAUCGGAUGUUCAGUUCUGUGUGAUUGGAGAUGGAUGGGAAGAGUGUGAAGCUGCAGAGUUUCUAAAGUGGCCUUUCGUGAAAAUUGAACCGAAACCAGACGGUUUCCACAGAUUUCCUGGACUUACUCGAGAAACCGUAGGCCAUUAUCUCUCUGUUGUUUAUGGACGUUCUUCUGAUGCAGAGAAUGGAGAAGAUGAAGUCAUCACUUCUGCCUCCACUUCGACGCAGAUGAAGCUUCUAUGAGGUCUUCAAUUCUUGUACAGAUCAAGCCAAUUGUAACGACAUGUAAUAAUUUUGUGGUUUUGUCAACAAAGUUUACUCCAUUUUUGGUGGUGGUGGUGGUGGUGGUGAGCAUUUUUCUUUCAUGUUGAUUGUUUUGAGGGUUUUUUUUGGCAUUUAAUACCUUAAAAAACUCAAUUGUAAUGUAACACUUUAUUUAAUUUUUAUUAUAUUUAAACACCUUUAAAAAAUAAAUUAGAUAUCGACACCAGCUAACGAUUUUCGUUAGCACAAACGUUAGAUUUUAACUAUUCUAUAGCUCCCAAGGCGGGAUUUGAUGGUAGAUAACACCAUCAAAUCAUGCCUGGGGAACUUUAGCGUAGUUAAAACCAACGUUUUUCCUAAUGAAAAUCAUUAAGUGGUGUCGAUUUGUACUUUUUUUUUUUAAGGUGUUUAAUUAUAAUAAAAAUUCAGUAAGGCGUUAAAUUACAAAAACUGGUUUUUUUAAGGUGUUAAAUGACAAAAAAUCCUUAUUUUGAGAUAUCGAUUUUUAUGAAGAUGAUCAAUAUGUAGAAAACAAAGGCGAUAAAGAUAUCCAAUUGGAUAUGACUGUCUCGUUCUUUUCA